CCCCUGACAAACGCCUCUGCUCCCUUGCGGACCAACGGAUAAGAAGCUUUACAAGUUCACUGGCAACAAUGACUGCAGAGAUGAACCAAAGACCCUGGCGUGUUUGCUCAUGCACGCCUUCACUCAUUGGAUGUCCAUCUAUACGGGGAACGAUUUGAUUCUCUGUGAUCUCCAAGGAAUCAAAGAGAAUGCAAGCAGUUGGGUUCUCAUUGAUCCACAAAUGCAUACAUCUCAGAGUGAUUGCCAUCGGCGCAAGUAUUGGGACAAGGGCCCGCAAGGCAUUCAACAGUUCAUUGCGCAUCACUUGAAGACUUGCAAUGAGAACAGCUUCUCCUACGGUCUCAACCUGAAGGAGCUCCAGUAUGUAGUUGAUCGACCAAAAACACCGCCUGGGAAGAAACAUCAUUCUGCUCCGGGACCACACUCACCGGAGAACAAUCGCAAAAAGAAUCGCGGCUCCCUGAAUGAUAUUCUCGAUCUAUCUGAAUAAGUAGCUCACUGUUUUACAUCACAUAUGUAGCUUGAAUAAGUACUUCCUAGUCUACC